UGCAAUUGUAUACCCUCAUUUCUUCUACUUAUAUAUUACAAAAUUUUUAAAACUUGCAUUUAAACACCUUAAACUUUUUGAAACUUGCACUUAAAUACCCUUAGGCGCUCAAGCUGGAUGGUGUAUAAAACUUUGAACUUCUGUUCUUGAGUAAACGACUCCUUUGGCUCCCUUCUCCAUCAUUCUUAUAUUUUUCCAACACCAACAUUCAAACAACAAAUUCUAAUGCCACCCAAACCCAACCUCUCCUUCCCCAUCUCCACCUUAACAUACACCAACCUCCUCCAAUCCUACGCCCACUCCCUCCUCCUCACCAAACAAAUCCAUGCCCACCUCCUCAAAUCCCCCACCCUCCCCAACCCGUCCCUCUUCCUCCUCAACACCCUCCUCAACUCCUACUCCAAAUCCUCCGACGCCUCCUCCGCCCACCACCUGUUCAACACAAUGCCACAUCGAAACUCAGUCUCCUACAACUCCCUCAUCUCCGCCUACCUCCACUCGGGUCUCCACUAUCGUGCAAUUUCCACGUUCAUCGACGCAAUGUAUGGCCAUGUCAAGCUUGAUAAGUUCACUUACGCGGCCGCUCUGAGCGCCUGCGCGAGAGCCGGAGAUUUGGACACUGGGAAGGUGGUCCACGGGCUGAUUGUUGCUGGUGGGUUCGGUCGCGGGGUUUUCUUGGUGAAUUCUUUGAUUGGGAUGUAUACAAAGUGCGGGGAUGUUGAGAUGGGGAGGAGGGUGUUUGAGGGUUCGGAGGAGCUAGAUGAUGUGUCAUGGAAUUCGUUGGUUUCGGGGUAUGAGAGGGUUGGUUUGGGUGAGGAGGCGGUUAGGGUUUUUGUUAGGAUGGUUCGUGGCGGAGUGGAUUUGAAUUCGUGCGUGGUUGGGUGCGUGCUCAAAGCUUGCUCGGGGCUGAAUUCUUUGCUGGGGAUUGGAAAGGCUAUUCAUGGGUUUGUUGUUAAGGUUGGGCUCAAUAUGGAUGUUAUGGUUGGUAGCACGAUGAUUGACAUGUACUCCAAGAAUGGGUUGCUGCACGAGGCUGUUAAGUUUUUUAGGUUCAUGCAAGAUCGCAAUGUUGUUGUGUUUAAUACCAUGAUCUCUGCAUUUAAACAAGUGAAAGAAGGAACGUUGAAUGAGCUCACAAGGGAAGCAUUGGGCAUCUACUUGGAUAUGCAGAGGGAAGGAAUUAGGCCAACAAAGUUCACAUUCUCGAGUAUUCUAAAAGCUUGCAAUCUGAACGAAGCGUUUGAAUUUGGCAAGCAAAUUCAUGGACAGGUAAUUAAGAUGAACCUUCAGACUGAUGACUUCAUUGGAAGUGCAGUUAUUGACUUGUACUCUGAUUCAGGUUCUAUAGAAGAUGGAUUGAGAUGCUUUGAUUCUAUCCCCAAAAAAGACAUUGUCACUUUGACAUCCAUGAUUUCAGGGUGUGUUUCUAAUGAGCAACACGAAAGGGCAUUGAGCUUGUUCUGUGAACUGUUGGCUAUUGGAAGAAGACCCGAUUUAUUCACUAUAUGUAGUGUUAUGAGUGCUUGUGCGAAUUUAGCGAUGAAAAGGUCCGGUGAGCAGAUUCAUGGCUUUUCAAUAAAAGCUGGAUUCAAUACAAGAACAGCUUAUGGCAAUGUGCAAAUCUUCAUGUAUGCGAGGUCAGGGGACAUCGAUGCUGCAGGUCGAACGUUCGAGGAGGCAGAGGACCGUGAUGUGGUUUCAUGGUCUGCGAUGAUUUCUAGCCAUGCUCAGCAUGGUUGUGCUCGAGAUGCUCUUAGGCUCUUUAAGGAGAUGGACGAAUGUGGCGUUGCUCCUAAUCAUGUCACUUUCCUCGGUGUACUCACUGCUUGUAGCCAUGGGGGACUGGUUGAUGAAGGAUUAAGGUACUUUAAGAGCAUGCAGAGAGACUAUGGCAUAAACCCUAAUGUAAAGCACUCUGCCUGCAUUGUUGACCUCCUUGGCCGAGCAGGGAGGUUAGGUGAGGCUGAGGAAUUCCUUUUGGACUCUGGUUUCAGUAAUGACCCCGUCCUUUGGCGAGCAUUACAUGGCUCUUGCAGGAUUCACAGAGACACUGACAGAGGUACUCGUGUAGCAGAGCGGAUAAUUGAACUCGAGCCUAGUGCUUCUUCGUCCUAUGUUCUUCUGUACAACAUGCACUUAGAAUCCGGCGAGAAACAGUUAGCAAUGAGAGUUAGAGAUCUCAUGAAAGAAAAAGGGGUGAAAAAGGAACCUGGUUUAAGUUGGAUAGAGAUUGGAGCUUCGGUUCAUUCAUUUGUGGCAGGAGAUAAGUCUCAUCCUCAGAGUAAUGUAAUCUAUUCAAAACUUCACGAAAUGAUGAUGAAGAUAGAGAAGAAGGUGAGUUUAGAAAAUUGCCAUAGUGAGAAGUUAGCUGUAGCAUUAGGUAUGAUUUGUUUGCCAGCAAUGGCUCCGAUUAGGGUGAUGAAGAAUUUGAGGAUAUGUGGAGACUGUCAUGAGACAAUGAAGUUGUUUUCAGAGACUGAAGAAAAGGAGAUUGUAGUGAGAGACGCAAUUAGGUUUCAUCAUUUUAGAGGUGGUUCAUGCUCUUGCGGUGACUAUUGGUGAUUUUGGAUAUUCUCACACAAAAAUAUCACUGUCCGUAAAUUCCCUGGAUCAAGCUGAAUUAGCCGUAUAAGAGCAUGACUGUUAUUGGACUC